AUGUGCCCUCUUAUUGGCAUAAUCAAUUCCUCACUACCUUGCCUUGUUCUUUCAAAUGGCGCUACAGACUGCUUCUUGGUACACUACCUACCCGGCCUCAAGACCGUCGGCGACGCGCACCACUUCCCGAACAACGUUCGCUUCUGUGCUGGCAAUGGCGUGCUGCUCAACUGGGAGAGACACCAUCCGUUGAUGCAGAAGGCCUUGGAUCACUUUGACAACCACUACGACCCGCAAUGCUGGGGAUGUGCUGGGCCUAGGCUCAUGGGUCAGUUGAUACCCGAGUACCUAUCCCGCGUGACGCUGGUGGCGGAGAAGCUGGUGUUUCCAGUGCAGUAUCGCGAGGCGAGUACGUAUCUCUCCCGCGAAGACGAUGCCUUCUGCGAGCAUAUCAUGCAGAAUGCCGUGGGCUUCCACAUGUACGGACAGGCCACCUCGCAGCAGGAUGUUAAGAAAGGGUCGGUGACCGCGUGCAUCAUAGCGAAGGUCAGACUCCGACCCGACGACAAUGUGCCGUUUGACAAGGUGCGCACCCCAGCUGGUGCUGUGUUGAAGCGUGCGUAUGAUCCCAGUGUUAUGCAUAGUGCGAAGACCUGCAAGAACCUGCAGCUGGUGCCCUUGGAGCGUAAUGUGGCUGUGGUUCUGUUGGCUUACAAGCGUGUGGAUUUGGUCGGCAGGAUUCUGGAGAUGUUUGUGGAGAGUAGGUAUAUCCGAGAGGUGGUUAUCUGGAACAACAACCCGGACCGUUUGCUGGACGCCGAUAAACUGGCCAAGGUGUAUGAGAAACUACCCAGGAAUAAGUAUACGGGAGAGGUCCCCUAUGUGCCAUGUGUGCGCGUUUACAACUCGCGAAGGGAUGGUAAUGUGCUGUUUCUGGGACGGUUUGCGGCGUGCUUGGCCUCGAGCUCGCCACUGUGCUACUUCCAGGAUGACGACUGGAUCGUCCGAGACACUGAACAGUUGCUACACUUGGCGAAUAGAGAGCCUCAUAGAGUGCACAGUAUCACGAAUGGUGAGGUCGUGCGUACCGCCAACUCGUGGAAAUUCGGUAACCCCAAGAUACACAUGAAUGCCCAGUUCUCAUGGGUGGGGACGGGCGCGUGUGUGUCGAGGAAAAUGGUGCAGAACUUUUUCUUGCAGCUACUUGCGAGUCGGCUCAGCGUCACAGACCGCACGAUGGCCGACUUCUUCUUCACGGCAUGGACAAACGCACCACAGGAUGUUAUUGAGGGCGAGAUUGUAGAGCUGACACGUGCUAACGCCUUCUCUGGGGCAGAGGGUACCAAAGACUGGGGUAAAGGCACACAGAGGAACAUUGACUAUAUCAUGUACAGUCUGAGUAAGCUUUAUGAGAUCCUUACCAGGCCCGCAUAUGCGGAGGUGAGACACCUAUUCUUACCGUAUACCCCCGAUGUGGCGGAAUGGUACCGAACUUCGGGCGGGGGUGGUUCUGGUGGUGCGGCGAAUGCACGGCACGCACCCCCACAACAAUACCCCAAUGCCAAGCGGACUAAGCUGCUUACCAUGCCUGUAUAUACCAACACCACUCUGCUAGAGUCAGAAACUAGUCUCAUGCAAGACCCCACUUUGUACCCGGGGUGUACGGUGAGCAACGAUAGGUAUAGAGCUAUUCUGCGCACCGAUGCCAGCGAGUUUGGCCUGGGCCACAGACCUAUGUACAACCCCACCUUCACCCUGGACAUGCACGUGACGCAAAACUCGGUACCGAACUACAAGUUCGAGCGGAAUCUGCGCAACAUGGUCGAUGGCAGCUUAUCCACCAACUUUGAGCCCAUAUUCCGAAGGAAGUGCCACAACAUCACCAUGGAGUUCCUACGCCCAUACCCUUGUACCUAUGUGAGCGUGACGCUAGAUGCGGGCCCGGAGAGUGUGGAGAUGUACGUAGGUCUUGCCAGCGAGAGUGAUGUGCAGAGCAUUGGCAAGUACAUGCUAGGUCGGUGGGACGGCACCCAGACUAUAUACGGGGGUAGGGCGGGCGUGGAUACCAAGAAUAAGAUAGUAUCGAAAGGGUUGGCGAAGGGUAAGAAUACACGCACGGAUAAGCAAAAUGUGCGUCAGAACAACCAUAACAGCCGACGGGGUAGUGAAGAUAGGCUAGGAGAGGUUAGUUGGGUGGUGCUGGAGGUGUGUGCUAGGAUAUCGGGGGCGUACUUCCAGGACGUAAAGAUAUACGAUAUAGACCUGGUUGCGGAGGUCUAG